AUGGCUGGAAAAUGCGCAGGACGGUCUGUGGUUUUAAUAUCACUCUUGGCCGUUGUAGUUUACUUCUCAGGAAUUACUGAUGUUUUAGGCAAAAAUAAUAUUGAUAAUGAGUUGGAGAAAAUCACAUUUCAAGGAGAGGGAAGCAUCAACGAGCAUCCGGAAAAUUGGCCGGUGAACCUUCACCCUAACCUGUAUUUUCACCAGGUGGACAUACGUUUACUGCAGCAGAGAUCUGCCACGACGCACAGACAUAUUUUUAAAGUUAUCCGGCUUGCUGUUGGGACUAUGCUCGCCAAUACUGCACUCUAUCUACCCCCGGUGAAGCAUGAGGAAUUUUCCAGCAAAUGGAAUGAAAUUUACGGCAACAAUCUUCCCUCUCUCGCUCUGUACUGUUUGCUCUGCCCCAAAGAUACAGCUGCCCAUCAAUUCUUAAUGAGAUACAUGGACCAGAUGGCAGUGUACCCUAACUGGACGGUGACCAACGCUCCCAAUGACGAGGUUCCCAUGGCUCACUCCCUCACAGGAUUUUCCACAGCCUAUGACUUCAUCUACCCUCUCCUGGACACACCGCGAAGGGCACGCUACAUGAAGAAAAUACGUGCCGCCACAGAGGAGCUGUACGAACUCUCCAAACACAGGGGAUGGGGGAAGCAGUUUUUACAGAAUCAUCAGACUACCAACAUCUUAGCCAUCCUGACCGGCGCCCUCGUGGUGGGAGCACACAGUGACCCGGAGACAAUGAUGUGGAAGCAGGUGGCCGUUAACUACAUGGAAAAGACCAUGUUCCUCCUCAGUCAUGUAGUGGAUGGCUCGCUAGACGAGGGUGUGGCCUAUGGGAGCUACACCGCAAAGUCCAUCACUCAGUAUGUUUUCCUGGCGCGUCGCCACUUCGACAUCGACAACACCCAGAACAACUGGUUACGGGCGCACUUCUGGUUCUACCACUCCACACUUCUGCCAGGUUUCCAGAGGACAGUGGGCAUCGCUGACUCCAACUACAACUGGUUCUAUGGACCGGAGAGUCAGCUGGUGUUCCUCGAUGCAUUUGUGCUCCGGGACGGCACCGGAAACUGGCUGGCCCAGCAGAUCUGGAAACAUCGUCCCAAAGAUGGCCCCAUGGAGCAGUCGGCAGCCCAGCGCUGGGCCACCUUACACACUGAGUUCCUGUGGUAUGACAGUGAGCUCUCCAAGCAACCACCAGCCGGGUUUGGCAAAGCACUACUGCACAUGUUCUCAAACUGGGGUGUGGUGACUUACGGGGCUGGUUUAUCAUACGGUCAAGGCAACACUUUUGUCUCCUUCAAAUCGGGGAAGCUGGGCGGUAGGGCGGUGUAUGAUAUCAUCCAUUCCAAGCCCUACUCCUGGCUGGAGGGCUGGAGCAAUUUCAAUCCGGGCCAUGAGCACCCAGACCAGAACUCCUUCACCUUUGCCCCUAAUGGACAGGUAUUUGUUUCAGAGGCACUGUACGGCCCCAAAUACAGCUACCUCAACAAUGUCUUGACGUUCGCCCCGUCUCCCACAAGCCAGUGCAAUCAGCCCUGGGAGGGCCAGCUUGGAGAGUGCGGCAAAUGGCUGCGGUGGGCAGAGCCUGAGGUCGGCAACACAGCCGGUGAGGUCAUUGUAGCUGCAUCCCACGGGGAUUCUCUGUUCGUUAGCGGAGAAGCGGUGUCAGCCUACUCCUCUGUGAUGGGGCUGAAGAGCGUAUAUCGUGCCCUUGUCUUGCUCAACUCUCAGACUCUGCUGGUGUUCGACCAUGUGGAAAAAAGCAAGGAGUCUCCGUUGAGUGCUCUGAGUGCUUUCUUUCACAACUUGGACAUUGAUUUUAAAUAUGUCCCUCACAGGGCUUUAGACAGGUACAAUGGGGCACUGAUGGACGUUUGGGAUGCUCACUACCAAAUGUUCUGGUUUGACAGUCAGGGGACUAGUCCAGUGGCGAGAAUUCAGGAGGCAGAGCAGGCUGCUGAGUUUAAGAAACGAUGGACCCAGUUUGUCAACGUGACCUUUCCAAUGGAGGGCACGGUCACCAGAGUGGCCUAUUUGAUGCACAGUCCCAAUGUCAAAAUCUCCAACUGCAGAUUCAUCGACAAUAGUAAAAAUGGAGUACGCCUCUCUGUUGUCGUCAACGGCACAGAAUCCAUUGUGUCCAUCGUAACAAACUACAAUGACAUUGGUGCCAGAUAUAGCUACUUGGGCUUUGGGGGAUAUGCAAAGAUGCAAAGCAGACAUCAGAUAAUCCACUUUGGUCUUGGAGUUCAAACAGUGUCUGAACAAAACACUGUGAAUCCAGUCUAUGACUUUGGGUUUAUGGUUAAUAUAGUGGGAGGGCUGACACUGUGUCUCGCCAUUGGGUUUUUAAUCCUGCAACGCACGUUUUAUUUCUGCUUCCGCAAGAUCAUGCGCUAUACUUUAACGUUUGUUCUCCUGCUGUGGGUCGUUGAGUUUCUGUUUGUCUCCAAUAGCUGUGAUUGGCUUGUCUGUGUCCAAUCAGUGUCCAAUCUGCCCCCAAACCCUCUCCCCACAGUCGUGGUUACAUCCCUGCCAGGGUCUGGGGCUGAAGUUCUCAAGCCCCUUUUCUAUAACAGCUCUGACUUUGUUUAUCUCCAAGUCCCCACAGAGGACUUAGUCAUCCCGGACACUGAGUUCAACUUUGACCCCCUGGUGGACGCCUGCGUGUGGUCCAGACUAGAUGCGGAAAGAGGUCACUACAAGGCCAUCCAGGGCUGGUUCCAUUCCUUGGUCUCUAACCCUAGACUUCACCUGCAGAACAUUCAGUUGCACAACGAGGGCAGCUGGAAUGAGAUUGGGGUGGAGCUUUCUGGCAAGAGGAGGAAGCCAAUUCGUAGGCAGUCAGGGUCUACGAAACCGAGGGGGAGUUCAGAUAGAGAUGGGGAGUAUGUUCGGGAGCUAAGGCGGCACAUGGAGAGGUACCCUAAUGCCCGCCCUGUCCUCAGCCUGAGCAGCGGGAGCUGGACCCUGAAACUCCCGUUUUUCCGAGAGGUGGUCGGUCACUCAUUUCGGGCGGUGCACGUUGUGCGAGAUCCUCGCGCUUGGAUUUACCUUAUGCUCUACAACAGCGAGCCAAGCCUCUAUUCUCGCAAGAAUGUGCAAAAACAUGUCGCCGCAAUUUUUAAGCAAGAGAGGAACGGCGGGAGAAGCAAGUGUACACUAGGGUUCACCCAGGAAUUCUUGACAUUGCACAGCGUCCUCUCUGAUCCAGAGAUGGAGCCGGUGCUGCUACUGGCCCAUCUGUGGCUGGCCCACACAACCACGGCACUCCGGGUCAACGGCGACCUCACCGCCUCUUACCUCCAUGUGAGAUUUGAGGACAUUGUGCAAUAUCCCGAGGAGACAGCAGGAAAGAUACACACGUUUCUCGGGGUUCCCGUGGCCCCAGCUGCCCUCAACCAGCUCAUGUUCGCCACCUCCACCAACCUGUACAACCUGGUGUAUGAGGGAGACAUAUCGCCAGUCAGCAUCAAUGUGUGGAGAGAAAAAAUGCCCAUCCACGAGAUCAGAAUGAUAGAGGACACAUGCUUAACGGUUAUGGAGAGGCUUGGGUACUCAAGGUACUUAAGUUAAUAGCUGCUGUAUGAUGUCCUACGAUGGACACCGUACUUUUGGUUUGUUGACAUGUAUACUUUGUUGCUCUAUAUUUUGCACAUUCCACUAUUAUGUUAUUUUUAAUUGUCCAGUCCUUGUUUAUAGACUGGGAUGUAUAAAAUAGAACAGAGUGAUGUGCUCCUUAACACUUUUUUGAAGUGUAUGAUUUGUCUGACUAACGUGAUGUCUUUUCAUCCAAACAGUUUUGAAGUUUGUUGGCUGGUUAUUUAGCCACGCCCAGAAUCUCCUGGCUAGCAUUUUUGGAGCAUGUAGCAAUGCUAGGGGGACAUGAAUUGUUGAUUCAACAUGGAACAAAUCAGCAAC